CAUAAGUGGGGACGGAGGGAGAGAGAGAGAGAGAGAGAGAGAGCAGAGGGCGUUAGGGAGCGUUUUCGCAGAAUCGCAGUUAGUAGUCUCACGGGGAUCUGAAACCCGCAGCUAGCAAAUUCAUGGCCCCGAAAUCGAAGGAGAAGGCGAAACCUUCGUCUUCAUCUCCUUCACAUGCUCCUGCUGCUAUUGAAGAUCUCUUCUCAUCUAUCAAUCGACAUAUUCAACGAUCCGAGUACGAACUGGCCGUAAAAGUUGCCGAUCAAGUUCUCGCAAUCGACCCCGGUGAUGAGGAUGCACUUCGUUGCAAAAUUGUUGCUUUGAUCAAAGCCGAUGACAUUGAUCGCGCGCUUUCCACAAUUCAAGCUUCCGAGAAGGCUAAGCGCCCGAUUGAUUUCGGUUUCUUCAAGGCAUAUUGCUUAUACAGGCAAAACAAGUUAGAAGAAGCUUUGGACUCCUUGAAAAGCCAGGAAAGAAAUUCCACUACUAUGCUACUAGAAUCACAGAUUCUGUAUCGGUUAGGGAGAAUGGAUGCUUGUAUGGAUGUUUAUCAGAAGCUUCAAAAGUUCAAGAUUGAAUCACUAGAGAUAAAUAUUGUUGCUGGUUUGAUUUUGGCUGGAAGGUCUUCUGAGGUCCAAAGUACAAUGGAUGCACUCCGGGUGAAAGCAACUAGCAGCUUUGAGCUGGCAUACAACACUGCUUGUUCUUUGAUAGAAAAGAAACAAUACACAGAAGCAGAACACUACCUACUCUCGGCCCGAAGAAUUGGUCAGGAAACAUUAAUGGAGGACAACUGGGCUGAUGAUGAGAUUGAGAUUGAACUUGCUCCGAUUUCUGUCCAGCUGGCAUAUGUUCGUCAGCUACUUGGACACACCCAAGAGGCCAUUGAAUCUUACACCGACAUUGUAAACCGAAAUCUGGCUGAUGACUCAUCACUUGCAGUGGCAAUAAACAACCUUAUUGCAUUAAAGGGUCCGAAGGAUGCCUCUGAUGGCCUUAGGAAACUUGAUCGGCUAAUAGAAAAAGGUAGUGAUGGUCAGAGCUUCCAGCUUGCUCGUGGACAGGACUUGAAGCUUUCAUCAAAGCAAAGGGAAGCAAUAUACACUAAUCGAGUGCUUCUACUUCUCCAUGCAAAUAGGUUGGAUCAGGCUCGGGAACUUGUGGCUGCACUUCCUGGUAUGUUCCCAGAUAGUGUGAUGCCCAUGCUUCUUCAAGCUGCUGUUUUUGUGAGAGAGAACAAGGCUGGAAAGGCAGAAGAGAUCCUUGGGCAGUUCGCUGCCAGGUUCCCUGAGAAAUCCAAGGUGGCCCUUCUUGCACGGGCACAGGUAGCUGCUGCUGCGAGCCACCCACAGAUUGCUGCAGAGUCCUUGGCAAGGAUUCCAGAUAUACAACACAUGCCAGCCACUGUUGCCACCCUUGUCACCCUUAAAAUGCGUGAUGGGGACAUUGAUGGUGCAGCCGCAGUGCUUGAUUCAGCAAUCAAUUGGUGGUCAAAUGCCAUGGGUGAAGACAACAAGCUCAACAUCAUCAUGCAUGAGGCUGCAUCCUUUAAGCUCAAGAAUGGGCGUGAGGAAGAGGCUGCAAGUCUGUAUGAGGAGCUAGUGAAAAGUCAUCAGAGUGUCGAGGCUUUGGUUGGGCUGGUAACCACGGCUGCUAAGGUGGAUGUUGAAAAGGCUGAGGCGUAUGAGAAACAGCUGAAGCCUCUGGCAGGGUUGAAGGGGGUUGAUGUGGAGAGCUUGGAGAAGACAUCUGGUGCAACACGCGUAGAAGGUGGGGGCCGUGUAGUGAAUGUAGAAGCCUACGAGGAGGCGAAGGGUAAGGUGAAAUCAAAAAAGAAGAGGAAGAGAAAGCCAAAGUAUCCGAAAGGGUUUGAUCCUGCUAACCCAGGUCCACCACCAGAUCCAGAAAGAUGGCUGCCCAAGAGGGAAAGGUCUAGUUACCGGCCGAAGAGGAAGGACAAAAGGGCAGCAGCUCAGGUAAGAGGUUCCCAGGGUGCGGUAAUGAGAGAGAAACAUGAAGCUAGUGCUGCCAAUACUAACAGUAAUAUUUCAAAUUCAAAGUCAAGCCAACCUGCGGCAGCUUCUUCGAAAGGGUCAUCACAUAAUAUGAACUCAGAGCAAUCGAAGCCUUCUUCAUCAAAGUCAUCUAGAAAGAAGUCGAGAAAUAACUAGGCAAUAAAUCAGAAUUUUGAAUUCUUUCAAAUUUAAACUUCUUUACUGUGGCUUCUCUCGGGGAUAUUUUGAUGGGUGUUAUCUUCCUUUUUUUUUUUAAAUCUUCUGUUAACGAGAUUUAUUGAAUUUGAUAUGUUUUAGAGUUUUCCAUUGUA